AUGGCAAUACCGUUUAAGACAUCGAAAUGUGUUGAACGGUCCUUUAUACGGGAGUCGAUCGGAGGAGCAGUCAAAGCUCAAAGUGGACAUAAGGAAGCGGAACGAGCUCUUAUGUCCCGGCGAUCCAGAGCACGGAUGUUGUUAGAUCAGUGUUCGAUGAUGCUUGAUUUGGGCUACAAUGUGUCCACCUUUUCUCCCGAACGCUGCAAAAGAUUGUCGACCACUCCUCGUCAGAAGUCUGCCGUUCUUCCCACUGUCUCCAAUUGUUCUUCGCUUCGAAAUUCUGAUGAAUCGGUUAGAAAAAGUGCACUGUCAUUCAACGAAGAAUUAUGGAUCAGAGUCCAUCACGUGGAACGUCAUUUGGGCGAACAGUUGAACUUCGAAGAAAGUGUUUUGGAAACUUUCGAGAACCUAAACGGGCUAUACAAAUCGAGCGUUUGCUGGGGUAUGCACCACGAUGCGGACUGCGACUUCAAAGCAAUGCCGAGCGAUGCGAGAAUUCGUAGCCUACGCGAGAUGCUUGCAGUACCACCUUGUAAAUUGGCACCGGACAAGAAACUCGACUUUGGUGAUCAGUGUGGAAGUGUCAUCAGUUGUCCAGAUGAAUGCGAAAUGAACAAGCUCAUGAUGGGAAUCUCCCCGUUUUGGACAGGAUCUAUGAAAAAACCUAGCGACAAAAACUGUAGUUGUACUCGAGCGGAGGGAACUAUGCGAGAUAGAAGUACACCGUCGUUUACACUGCGUGAUGACCACAAGGAGUAUUACCUGGAAGAUUUGGUCGAUCAUCGUCAGCCCGAGAAAUUUCGAAUGGAUUAUUAUCGAAUGGAAAAAAUUUGGUCGGAGUUGAAAAAGCUAGAUAUUUCUGGGAAGCCUUAUCCGAAGAAGAGACUUGACAGAGGGAGAGGUGUAUCGAGGCGAACUGCAACGCUGUUCGAAAAAGAACCGAUACUCACCUCGGAUUCCAUGCAAGAAGAGGAAGUUCCUGGUUUGUAUCAGUUCAAUUUACCAUUCGCUCACUUGAGAUAUUAUGAUUUACUACCCACUACAAUAUGUUUUUCGUUUGAUGUACACAAUGGCAAGGGAGAGUUCUAG